CGGGAGGGCGUGGGGUUCGUCUAUAAAAGAGUCGAGCGGCGUCCCUCCCGACUUAUUGUCCACAACGGUACCGCCGGACAAGUAGUAUUUAAAGCUAAAAAGACUGAAUCAUUUAUAAUAAGUGUCCCACUUUUACCCCUGUCAAAAUGGGGAAAAGUAAUAGAUUAUUAAGUGUGCUAUUUGUAAUUUCCGUUUUAUGGAAAGCAGCGUACGGGAACGGCAAAUGCCAGAUAGCCUGUAAAGGAUCUUCAAGCCCAUCUUUCGCCGCUGGACAAAAAUACAACUAUGGAGUGGAAGGCACCGUCAGUGUGUACCUCACCGGAGCAGACAACCAAGAGACCAGCCUCAAGAUGCUCGGUCAGGCGUCGGUGUCCGCGAUAAGCAACUGCGAGCUUGAACUCUCCGUGCACAACAUGGUCCUCUCUGGACCGGACGGCAAGAAAUACCCAUGUCCGCAAGGCAUCGAAAAGCCAGUCAGGUUUUCGUACCAGGACGGUAGAGUCGGGCCGGAGAUCUGUGCUGCGGAGGACGACAGCCGUCGCUCGCUGAACAUAAAGAGGGCUAUCAUCUCUUUACUCCAAGCCGAGCAGAAGCCUUCCGUACAGGUGGACGUGUUCGGCGUGUGUCCCACGGAGGUGUCGUCCUCUCAAGAGGGCGGCGCCGUUCUGCUGCACCGCUCCCGAGACCUCUCGCGCUGCGCUCACCGCGAACAAGGACGCAACGACUUCGUCAAUUCCAUCGCCAACCCUGACGCCGGAAUCAAGGACUUGCAAGUGCUGCAAUCCAUGUUGAACGUGGAGUCGAAAGUGAACAACGGAGUGCCAGAGAAAGUGUCCGCCAUUGAGGAGUACCUGUACAAACCCUUCUCAGUGGGAGAGAACGGCGCAAGGGCAAAGGUCCACACCAAGCUGACCCUCUCCGGCAAGGGAGGCGCUGGUGGUGGUAACGCCCACUGCACGGAGUCCCGCAGCAUCAUCUUCGACGUCCCCCACGGCACGUCCUCGGCGAACGGUAACCUCAACUCCGUGAUCAGUGCUGUGAAGGAGACCGCCAGGACCGUCGCCAAUGACGCUAGCUCCAAGUCUGCUGGACAGUUUGCACAACUUGUCAGGAUCAUGAGAACGUCAAGCAAAGAUGACUUGAUGAGGAUUUACAGCCAAGUCAAGGCACACCAACUGGAAAAGCGCGUGUAUCUGGAUGCGUUGCUACGCGUCGGCACUGGCGAGAGCAUCGAAGCCUCCAUCCAGAUCCUGAAGUCCAAGGACCUCAGCCAGCUGGAGCAGCACCUGGUGUUCCUGUCCCUCGGCAACGCCAGACACGUCAACAACCCCGCUUUGAAGGCUGCUGCUGGUCUCUUGGACAUGCCGAAUCUGCCCAAGGAGGUGUACCUCGGAGCCGGAGCCCUCGGCGGAGCGUACUGCCGCGAACACGACUGCCACAAUGUCAAGCCGGAGGGUAUCGUCGCUCUCAGCAACAAACUCGGAUCCAAGCUGCAGAACUGCAGGCCCAAGAACAAGCCUGAUGAGGAUGUGGUUGUCGCAAUCCUCAAGGGAAUCCGCAACAUCCGCCACCUGGAGGACUCUCUGAUCGACAAGCUGGUGCACUGCGCUGUGGACAACAAUGUGAAGGCCAGGGUCAGGGCCGCGGCUCUAGAAGCUUUCCAUGCAGACCCUUGCAGUGCUAAGAUCCAUAAAACCGCCAUGGACAUCAUGAAGAACCGUCAGCUGGACUCCGAGAUCCGCAUCAAGGCGUACCUCGCCGUGAUCGAAUGUCCUUGCAGCCAUUCCGCCAGUGAAAUCAAAAAUCUACUUGACUCCGAGCCGGUACACCAAGUGGGCAACUUCAUCACGUCAUCUCUGCGCCACAUCAGAUCUUCCUCCAACCCCGACAAACAGCUCGCGAAGAAGCACUACGGACAAAUCCGCACACCUAACAAGUUCAAGGUUGAUGAGAGGAAAUACUCGUUCUACCGCGAGAUGUCGUACAAGCUGGACGCUCUAGGCGCUGGUGGCAGCGUCGAUCAGACCGUCAUCUACUCGCAAACCUCUUUCCUCCCUCGCUCCGUCAACUUCAAUCUCACUGUGGACCUGUUCGGCCAGAGCUACAACGUCAUGGAGCUCGGAGGUCGCCAAGGUAACCUGGACCGUGUUGUGGAACACUUCCUCGGACCCAAGAGCUUCCUCCGCACCGAAGACCCUCAAGCUCUGUAUGACAAUCUCGUCAAGAGAUUCCAGGAGUCUAAGAAGAAGGUGGAAGACAGCCUUUCUCGUGGACGCAGGUCUAUCAAGAGUGAAAUCGACGUUUUCGAUAAGAACUUGAAAGCCGAAUCUGCCCCCUACAACAACGAGCUGGACCUAGAUAUCUACGUAAAACUCUUCGGCACUGACGCCGUGUUCUUGUCCUUCGGAGACGACAAGGGCUUCGAUUUCAACAAGAUGCUGGACCAAAUUCUGGGCGGCUGCAACUCUGGCAUCAACAAGGCUAAGCACUUCCAGCAAGAAAUCCGCUCCCACCUCCUGUUCAUGGACGCUGAGCUCGCGUACCCAACCUCAGUGGGUCUCCCGCUCCGCCUGAACCUCAUCGGAGCAGCCACCGCGCGGCUCGACGUGGCCACCAACAUCGACAUUCGUCAGAUCUUCCAAUCCCCCCAAAACGCUAAGGCCGACAUCAAAUUCGUUCCCAGCACUGACUUUGAAAUCUCUGGAGCCUUCAUCAUAGACGCUGAUGCAUUCUCCACUGGAAUCAAAGUGAUCACCAACUUGCACUCUUCCACUGGUGUACACGUCAAUGCUAAGGUCCUGGAGAAUGGACGUGGAAUCGACCUUCAAAUCGGCUUACCUGUUGACAAGCAAGAGCUGAUCGCCGCUAGCAGUGACUUGGUCUUCGUGACCGCGGAAAAGGGACAGAAAGAGAAGCAGAAGGUGAUCAAGAUGGAGAAAGGUGAAAAUGAGUACUCAGCCUGUUUCGACCAGCUGUCUGGACCCCUGGGCUUGACCAUGUGCUACGAUAUGGUGCUGCCUUUCCCUAUUGUCAACCGCAACGACAAAUUGGACUCUAUUGCCAAGGCGAUGGGCAAAUGGCCUCUAUCUGGCUCAGCUAAAUUCAAACUAUUCCUCGAAAAGAACGAUCUUCGAGGCUACCACAUCAAGGCCGUUGUGAAGGAGGACAAGGAUGCAGGCAGGAGGAGCUUCGAACUGCUACUUGACACUGAAGGUGCGAAGACCCGUCGCUCUCAACUGACUGGUGAAGCAGUUUACAAUGAGAAUGAAGUUGGAGUCAAGCUUGGCCUCGAAGCCGUCGGAAAAGUCAUCUACGGUCACAUCUGGGCACACAAGAAACCCAACGAGCUCGUGGCAUCCGUCAAAGGAAAGUUAGACGACAUCGAAUACUCUGGAAAACUCGGAUUCUCCGUCCAAGGCAACGAGCACCGUGCCGUCUACAAACCGAUCUUCGAAUACAGCUUGCCUGAUGGUUCGUCUCCUGGCAGCAAGAAGUACGAAGUCAAGAUCGACGGCCAAGUCAUCAGAGAGUGUGAUGGAAGGGUUACGAAAUACACCUUCGAUGGCGUCCAUGUAAACCUCCAGAAUGCUGAGAAACCCUUGGAGAUCUGUGGGUCUGUGUCUACAGUCGCACAACCGAGGGAAGUGGAGUUCGAUGUAGAGGUCAAGCAUUACGCAUCCCUGAAGGGCUCGUGGAAAGGAUCUGACGUCGUCUUAGCGUUCAACAACCAACUGAACCCUAAAAUUAACUUUGACCUUAAAGGCAAAUUCGAGAACACAGAUUCUAUGCAUAAUGAACUGGACAUCCACUACGGCCCCAACCGUGGAGACAACAACGCUAGGAUCACCUUCUCCCAGAUUCUCAAGUACCACGUCGAGAACUCUAAGAACUUCAACGUCAUUACCAAGAACAAUUUGGAGAUUCGCGCUGUACCAUUCAAACUAGUGGCAAACGCUGACGUAGACCCCAAGAAGAUAGACAUCGACAUCGAAGGUCAGCUUCAAGACAAGAGUGCUGGAUUCAACCUGGACGCUAGAACACACAUCAAGAAGGAAGGAGACUACAGCAUCAAAGUCAAGGCUAAUUUGAACAACGCCAACCUUGAAGCCUUCUCUAGAAGGGAUAUUGUAAGUGCUGAAAAGUCUAACGUGGAGAACUAUAUAGACAUGAAGGGAGUUGGAAGGUACGAGCUCUCUGGUUUCGUUCUCCAUAAGACGAAGCCCAAUGACGUGAACGUUGGUUUCAUUGGACACUUGAAGAUCAACGGUGGCGGCAAGAAUGAGGAUUUCAAAAUCAACAUCGGCCACAUCGAGACCCCGGCUGUGUUCUCGUCCCACGCCACCAUCUCCGGCAGCAGGGGCGACAUCAUCGAUUACCUGCUGAAGAUUAUGCGCACCGCCAACCCCAGCGGUAACUUCAAGCUGGUCAUCAAGGAUAGCAUCGCGGCUAACGGACAGUACAAGGUUACCGAUGCUGACGGCAAAGGAAACGGACUUAUCAUCAUCGACUUUAAGAAGAUCAACCGCAAGAUCAAGGGAGACGUGAGGUUUACGGCUAAGGAGCCAGUGUUCAACGCAGAUAUUGACCUAUUCCUCAACUUCGAAAAGGACAAUAGCGACAAAGUGCACUUCUCCACCUACAACAAGAAGACCGACAAAGUUAUGGACACCAAGAACAAGUUGGAGUACGCCGGCAAGCGCACGGAAGUGAACAUUCACCAGGACGGCAUCCUCGCCGUGACUGGCAAGGCCCACACCGUGGCCGAGCUGGUGCUGCCUACUGAACGCUGCCUCAGCCUGAAGAUCGACCGUGACGGCGCCUUCAAGGAUGGGCUUUACAAUGGCCAUAUGGACAUGACCAUCUCGGACGCUCCCAAGCGCGGCUCCGGAGCCUCCACCAUCAGCUACAAGGGCAAAGUUUCCAACAGCAACUUUGACCAGGAGAUCAUCGACUAUGAAGGCCAGCUCAACUUCAAGCUGAAGGAUGGCAAGAACUUGCAGUCUACCUUCUCGUUGAAGAACAACCCUGAUGGCGACAAAUUCAAAUAUGAGUUUAAGAGCGACGUAAACGGCAACCUGAUCCCGAAGCCCGCGAACCUGGUCGCGACCGGCACCUACAGCAACUCAGAAACCGAAAUCGACGAAACCUACCGCCUCAAGGGCAGCUACGGCAGCGACAUCGGCUUCGAACUCGCCGGCGUUGGUACCAUCAAGUUCUUGGAUGCAGGAGAUAAGAAAUACCUGGACGACUACACGCUGACAGUCAGACUGCCGUUCGAAAAGGCGCACGACAUCAAGUGGGUCUCCACUGUCCUGUUCCUGCAGCCCCAGGGCCAGGAAAUUACUGAGUACACCUUAGUGGAGUCGGUCCAGAUCAACGCUGAUGUAUACAAGGUCGACGCCAACGGCAAAGUGGGUCCCAAGAACGGGUACGGCGCUGUGAAGGUGCUCGUGCCACACGUGGAGCCCUUCGUCUUGGACUACAACUACAAGAGCUCUCAUGAAGGCGAAAAGAACAACAACUACGUGGAACUGAAGACGAAGUACGGUAAAGGCAAGUCUGCCUCCAUGGUGGUGGACUCUUCCUACGCUCCGCACUACAGCACCCUCAAGGUCAAGGCCAACACGCCCAACAACGACAAAUUCAAGAAACUGGACGUGACUGUACACUCCAAGAACCCAUCGCCCGAUGCGUACAGCAGUUCCGUGGUGGUUGACGCGGACGGUCGCGUGUACAAGAUAGACUCCUCCAUCGUGUUGUCCAAGGCCCACCCAGUACUCGACAUCCAGUACCACAGCCCCAGCUCCGACAAAAUCAGAAGGCUCUACGUCCAGGGUUCGUCAUUGAGCUCAACCCAAGGCAAGCUCGAGGUCAAGGUAGACAACAUCAACGACAUCUGCCUUGAUGCCGUCUCCGAAGCCAAUGUCCAGAAGGACAACGUAGCCUUCAAGGUUGUUGCUAACUCUAAGGAGCUGGGCUGGAAGAACUACGUCAUCGACAUCAGCAGCAAGGACUCUGGCAGCGGCAAGCGAUUGGAGUUCCACGCCACGAAUGACAACAAGAAUGUUCUUAGUGGCAGCACAUCGUUUAUCAGCAAGCAGGAAGGUCAGAAGACCAUCAUUGAGGGCUCUGGAUCCGUGAAAGUGAAGGAGGAGCAGAAAUCUGCUAACUUCAAAUACAUUCGCACCGUAUUCACUGACUCCAACGAGAAGGGUGUUGAGACAUUCUUCAAUGUGGCGUUGGGAGAACGAAGCUACGUCGCCGAGUCCCGCGUCACCAACUACGAAUACAAGAACUCGUACGUGUACUGUGAGGAGAAGAAACAGUGCGCACACGCAGAGAUCCAGUCUAAGAUCGAUAUGUCCACACCUGGAAUGAUCGUGAACGUCAUCAACGCUGGCCUGGACCUCCGCAAGCUGGGCGUGGCUCCAGAGAUUGGCCUGCAGAUGAGAGAUGAGGUCUCAGACCGCCGCCCACCACGGUUCACACUCGACCUACACAUUAACAAGGAGGACCGCAAAUACCACCUGCACGCAUACAAUACACCUGAGAAUGGACAUUACGCAUCGGGAGUCACCGUCCGCCUUCCCUCAAGAGUGAUGGCACUGGAAUACACCCUGACUCACCCCACUAGCCAGGACCUGCCGUUCCCGAUCAAGGGAGAGGCUUGCCUGGACCUGGAUAAGAACAGGCCUGGACACAAGACUUCCGCCAGGUUCCUCGUGGACUACUCCAACUCAGGAUCUGAGGACAAAGCUGUCGCUGAGAUCGGGUUCUUCCAUCCUAAGAUCGAAAAGGAGGCAGUGAUCAGGCUCAACGCAUUCAUGAAACGCCCAGAGAACGGCUGCUUCAAGAUCGAAUCAUCAGCCAGUCUGUGCCACUCCGCUCUUGGAACUGACCGUGUCGCUAAGGUCAUGUUCGAGACGACACCGAACUCCGUCAAAUUCUUGGCCGACACACCAUUCGUGAAGGCGAUCGACGUGGAAGGCUCCUUCAACGUGAACCAGCAACAACGCACGCAGCAGUGCCUGUUCAAGAUAUGCCUGCUGGAAGGCAAGCCCGUCCAGAUGUCAGCCCUGGUCAAGGACUACCAAUAUUACGAGUUCACUACAGGUUAUAUUGAGGAGUCGAACCGCAAGCUGUCGAUCGUGGGCCACCUAAUCCCUGAGAAGCGCGUGGACAUCUCCGCCGACAUCAUCCUCUCCGGAGACAAGAAGAACAUCGCCCACGGAGCGCUGUUCCUCCAAGACAACCUCGUCAAGAGCGACUACGGCCUCUCUAAGGAGAACUUCAACUACUUCCUCAAUGCACUGAAGAAGGAUCUGGACACUCUUGAAGACCGCAUCAAGAACGUCGGAGAGAAGGCAUCAAAGGACGUCGAGGCUGUGACUCAAAGGGCCGCUCCUUACUUCAAGAAAGUGGAAGACAACUUCAGAGCUGAAUGGAACAGAUUCUACCAGGAGAUCGCUGACGACAAGGUCUUCAAGGAAAUUUCGCACGUUUUCAACGAAAUCGUCCAGUACAUCGCCAAGUUCAUCGACGAGAUCCUGCAGGGCACCAAGCCGCUCAUGGACUCCAUCGUGCAGACCUACGUUGAGUCAUCCAAGAAAAUCGGAGAGAUGUACAAGAAACAGAUCGAGCCCCAAGUGAAGCAGCUGUAUGACACUCUCGGCGCCCUGAUGAAGGAGUACCUGGACGGAGUCAUCGACGUGGUGGCUCACUUCGCUGCCAUCGUUACCGACUUCUUCGAGAAGCACAAGGCUGAGCUGCAAGAGCUGACCAACGUCUUCACUGAGAUCUUCAAGGACCUGACACGACUGGUGGUAGCGCAACUGAAGGAGCUGCCUCCGAAGAUUGCCCAGAUCUACAACGACAUUGUUUCUCAGAUUACUAACAUGCCCUUCGUAGUCGUCCUCCAAGAGAAGUGGAAGGAGUUCAACUUCGCCGAGCGCGCUGUUCAACUGGUCUCGCAAGCCUACGAAGCCAUCUCCAAGAUCCUGCCCACUGAUGAGCUGAAGGAAUUCGCCAAGGCCCUUAACGCUUACUUGCUUAAGAAAAUCAAGGAGGAGAAGAUGGAGGAAAGCAAGGAACUGCGCGUGCUGUACGAGAAACUGGUCAGCGCGUUCUCCUCAUUACGUCAAUUCCUGCCCUCGCAGUACGGAGACCUCGUCUCCGCCGCUGGACCUGGCAGCAUCUCAAGCUGGCUAUUCGCGCCGGCGCCGUCGGCCCCGGCGCUGGGCGCGGCGUCGUGGAGCGCGCUGCGGCAGCUGGCGGCGGGCGACGCGCCCGACCCGCGCGCGCUCCUCGAGGCCUACCGACCGCGCAGCCUCGACCCGCUUGACGAAGUGCCCAACAAACUCCGCGCAGUGGUAGUGAACGGUCAGCACAUCUUCACGUUCGACGGCCGUCACCUGACGUUCCCGGGCACGUGCCGGUACGUCCUCAUCCACGACCACGUCGACAGGAACUUCACUGUCCUCAUGCAGCUGGCGAACGGACAGCCCAAGGCGCUGGUACUGGAAGACAAGAGCGGAACCAUCAUCGAGCUUAAGGAUAAUGGACAGGUGAUCCUGAAUGGCCAAUCCCACGGCUUCCCAGUGGUGGAGCAGGACGUGUUCGCGUUCAGGCAGACCAGCGGCCGCAUCGGGCUCGGCUCCAAGUACGGCUUGAUGGCCUUCUGUACCUCCAAAUUUGAGGUGUGCUACUUUGAAGUGAACGGGUUCUAUCUUGGCAAACUGCGCGGUCUUCUCGGAGACGGCAACAACGAACCUUACGAUGACUUCAGGAUGCCCAACGGAAAGAUCUGCUCAUCGGAGAGCGAGUUCGGUAACUCGUACCGCCUGAGUCGCAGCUGUCCGGCGGCGAACGCGCCUGCGCACGAACACCACCAGAUGCACGCGCCGCUGCCCAAGCCCUGCGAGAGGGUGUUCAGCGGCACCUCGCCACUGAGGCCGCUGUCGCUCAUGCUCGACAUCGCGCCCUUCAGACAAGCGUGCAUCCACGCAGUGACCGGCGCGGACGCAGACAAGGACCUGCAGCAGGCGUGCGACCUGGCGCGCGGCUACGCGGCGCUCGCGCUCACGGGGCUGCUGCCCGCCGCGCUGCCCGACGCCUGCGUGCGCUGCACCGACGGCGACCGGCCCAGGGAGGUCGGCGAGACCUACGAGUACAAACUGCCCAACAGACUCGCUGAUAUCGUCAUCUCGGUUGAGACCACUGAGGACAACGCCGCCCACUACAAGAACAUGGUAGUGCCACUCGUCUCGCAGCUGGUGGACAUGCUGAAGGGCAAGCACUGCACCGACAUCAAGGUGUUCCUCGUCGGACACACCUCCAAGCACCCGUACCCGAUCCUCUACGACACUGACCUGAAACUGAAGAACGCCAAGGUGUCGUUCGACGACAAGAGUCGCUACGACCGCAUUCCGUUCGUGAAGACCGGACACGAGAAAUUCGACUCCUACUCCAAAUCCGUCGUCGAUUUCCUGAACUACAUCAAGAUCGAAUUAGGCAUCACCAACAUCGAGGCUAGCCAAGGCCAGAUCUUCGACCUGCCGCUGCGUCCGGGCGCCGUCAAACACGCCAUCUUCGUCACCGGCGGACCUACCAUCAGCCAGUUCUUCCUUCUUGAAACAGUCAGAGCGUUAGCUAACAAGGUGAUUAUUGACGAAAUGGCCAUGUCCGCUUCCCUGGUGACCUCUACUCCAGGACUCAAGAUCGGUGGAGGCAAGAAUCCCGCCCAGAUUGUCGGCUACGAGAAGCACGGCGUGUUGCUGCUCGGCGAGAAGAAGCAGUCGAAGGACUCGGAGGCGGUUCGCGCCACGCUCGAGGUCGAGGACGAUCCCUUCUCAGAUGCUGUUGAAUUCGCGAACGGCGUGGUAUUCUCAGCAUCGAACUACGCAGCCCUGCCAGCUGGGCAGCAGAAGCAGUUCAUCCAGACAGCGGCGCACAACAUCAUCCAGCGCAUGUGGCGCGAGCAGAUCGUGCAGCAGUGCACGUGCGUGUUCGUCGAUCCCUUCAGAGUGCGCUCGGUGUGCUUCAACAAGGCCAGGACGGAAGUUGCUCGCAGACGAAAGUAAUCCGCUCCAAUCUGUGAUCAAAGGCGAGAAACAGACGCUCGUGACGUCAUCAGCGCAUCAUCCAUUACAUAUCGCAUUGUUUGUUAUUUAUGAUGCCGUUUCCUUCGGAAGGUAUUAAAUAAUCAUGUCAUUGUAUUAAAGAAAUAAUAAAUAUUAUGUUAUUAAAUAUUAA